AUGAAGCUCCCAGUCAUCUGCAUCGUCCUUGGAUGCCUCGCCUUGGUGAAGGCUGCACCCUUGGAUCUAAGAAUCAGAUGGUGCUUAAAGUCAGAGCAGGAGGCACAAAAGUGCAGGCAGCUCGCCUCCAAAUCGGAUUUGCUGAGUUGUGUGAAGCAUGAGGGAUCUAUGGAAUGCAUCAAAGCCAUAGAGAGGAAUGAAGCAGAUGCCAUCACUCUGGAUGGAGGAGAUAUCUACACAGCUGGCCUUGCACCCUACAACCUUCACCCCAUCAUCGCAGAACAUUACGGCACAGAUGAAGAGACGUGUUAUUACGCUGUAGCUGUUGCAAAGAAAGACACUAAUUUUGGCUUCAAUGACCUUCGUGGGAAGAAGACAUGUCACACUGGUUUGAGACAAACUGCAGGCUGGAACAUCCCCAUCGGCACUCUCGUCUCAACCGGACAGAUUAAAUGGGCAGGCAUUGAGGACAAACCUGUAGAAGAGGCGGUGAAGGAAUUCUUCCCAGCCAGCUGUGUGCCUGGAGCAGUCAAUAACUUGAGGCUGUGUGAGCUGUGUAAAGGCGACUGCUCACGCUCUCACAAGGAGCCGUAUUAUGGUCACAGUGGAGCUUUCCAGUGCCUGAAGGAUGGAGCUGGAGAUGUCGCCUUUGUGAACCACUUCACAGUGCUCACUAGCGAUAAGGCCAACUAUGAGCUGCUGUGCAAAGAUGGCUCCCGGAAAAGUGUUGAUGAUUUUAAAACCUGCAACCUGGCUCGAGUUCCCGCCGAUGCUGUGGUCAGUCGCAAAGACAAAGAACUGGCCAACCGCAUAUUUAGUGUUCUUGAUAAACUCAAGGACAGAGGUUUGUUCUCUUCCAAAGGCUUCUCAGCAAAAAACCUCAUGUUCAAAGACUCGACAAAAGGGCUGCUGAAACUACCAGAGAGCACAGACUCCUUCCUGUACCUCGGAGCAGAGUAUGUAGCUACUAGCCACGCCCUUACAAAAGGGUUCAGCACGGGCAGCAAAUCCCAUGAGAUUACAUGGUGCACUGUGGGUCAUGCUGAGAAAAGUAAAUGUGACAUGUGGACCAUCAUUAGUGUGAACGAACAAAGCAACAUCAGGAUCGAAUGCCAGGAUGGCAACACUGUCGAUGACUGCAUCAGCAAGAUCAUGCGUAAGGAAGCUGAUGCGAUGGCGGUUGACGGUGGACAGGUGUAUUCUGCUGGGAAGUGUGGUCUGGUGGUGGCCAUGGUGGAAGAGUAUAACAAUGAAUCAAAGUGCAAUUUUGGAUCUGCAGAUACCUCGUCCUAUUACGCUGUGGCUGUAGUGCAUGUGGACUCCGCUGUGACCUGGGAGACACUGAUAGGCAGGAAGUCGUGUCACACUGGUUUGGGACGUACAGCAGGCUGGAACAUUCCCAUGGGUCUCCUCCAUGAGAAGAUCAAAGAGUGUGAUUUCUCAAAGUACUUCAAUGAAAGCUGUGUACCUGGUGCAGACCCGGAAUCAAUUCUGUGUAAAUUGUGCAAGGGUGCUGAAGGUAUCAGGGGGAUAGUCGACAAAUGCAAAGCCAACACUGCAGAGCACUAUUAUGGCUACGCUGGAGCCUUCAGGUGUUUAGCCGAAGGUGCUGGUGACGUGGCCUUCGUUAAACACACCACUGUAGCAGAAAAUACAGAUGGCAAUGGACCAGCGUGGGCGAAGGCUUUCAAAUCAUCAGACUACAAGCUCAUUUGUCCCCGUGGCACUGCUAAAAUUACUGAAUAUGAGAAGUGUCAUUUAGCCAAAGUUCCAGCUCAUGCCGUCGUCACUCAUCCAGAGAAACGUGAUGAUGUGGUGUCGUUCCUCAAGGAACAACAGGCCAUGUUUGGUCAUUCCAGCUCUUGGGGCAUGUUUAACAUGUUCAAGUCAGAGGGCAAUCAAAAUUUACUCUUUAAAGACUCUACUAAAUGUCUCCAAGAAGUUCCACCAGAAAAAAACUACAAGGAAUUCCUGGGUAAAGAAUAUGUCACAUCGAUAGACUCCCUGCGCGAGUGUGCCAGCAGCAGGACGGAACUGGAGAAGGCCUGUACCAUCCACUCCUGCCAGAAGAAAACCUAAAUGCUCCAGACUGUCUCAGACAUUCUGUCCUGUGUGUACUUUCGUACAUGACGCCAACUGUAGGCAACUUUCUCACCUGUUUACAUUUAAUCUGUCGUUGAUGUAAUUGGAAAAAAUACUUCUUAGUUUUAAUGGUUUUCUAUUUAUUUUUACAAAACUGUCUAAAAAACAGAGAUAUGUUAAGUAAUGCAAAGAUGCACAAACAUUACCAAAGACAUUCAUUAUCACACACUAAGUAUGCAAUUCUCUGGCUAAAAAUUGGGUCUGUGUAUCCGUAAUCCAUGCAUGACCAUUGCUUCUAAAAACUGAAAAUGAGAAAUCCAUAAUUCUGAUGGUAGGAAAUAAUUCAUAAAGGAUUUCUUCUUUCCAGUAGUGAUUCAUCUCCCAGUUAUUAGCAGGAGUAAAGUGACAAAUCCUGAACAUAAAUUCAUCUCUAUUCUUCAAAACCUGAAUUAAAUAUCAUACUUUAAACAUUCGCUACAUUUUAAUAUCAGUAGACUUUACCUCUCAAAGCUUCUAAAGUGCUUUACUUUGCAAAGCUGGUAAAGAAAUAAAAAGUGCCUUGUUUUGGUGGUUGGUUGAGGAAACUUUCUGACACUCCACUGUUAUUGCUGUGGUUCCAGAAUACUGCAGAUCCCACUAGUUUCUUCUAGUCUCAGGUGAUGCUUCCUUUGGUUGGUUAUUAGUCCAGGCCCUGCUUCCAGAGGUGGACCAGAUGUUUGGAGUGAAUGACCAUGUCACUGAGCACAGUGAGUUCAUGGAUUGCUGGAAGGACAUAUAAGCCUUGUGCAGCACAAAAGGCCAGACCUAGUAUUGCUGGACACAGUCUUGUGUUUGGUAUGAGAACAUCUUUCCAAUUACCCUCACCACUCCAUCACCCUGGGUCCAUCACCACAUGGCAUCUCUUGGGUAUACAAACCCUACCGUGCUGCCAAGACCUUAUCAGCAUAUUCUAAGUUCUGCUGCUGCCAGAUCUGAACCCAUCCUCAGUGCUUCUGGCAAAAUAAUAGCCUGAAAGGUUGUGGAGGUGUGAAGGACUUCAUAGACUUUAAAUAGCACAUAUGAGAGGAGGAAUUCUUGGCCAUCAUGCUUCGAAGUAGGUGUUUAUGAAUCUGAAACAGUUCAUCAUUCUAUUUGUUUGUAGAUGGAGUUGUACCUUGCAACAUUUGGUCAUUAGUUGGGACAUGAAGACCAUGCACAGUGGAACAGCAGGUAGCAUUGGAUCUCGUAGCUCCAGGAUACCUGGUUCUAUCCUGAGCUCAGGUUACUGUGUUUGCUUGUUCUAACCAUAUCUGCAUGGGGUUCCUAUGGGUUCUCUGGUUUCCUCCCAAAAACAUGCCAGUAGGUGUAUUGGCUACACUAAAUUGCCUCUAGGCAUGAAUGCAUGGUGCUCUGCGAAGGACUGGCAUCCCAUCCAGUAUGUAUUUCCAGCUGACACCCAGUGCUUCCAGGAGAGGCUCCAGAUCCACCAUCACCCACCCUAACCAGGAUAAAGCACCGGCUUAAUCUGUAAACAUGUCUUUGAUCCCAACAGACAUUCCACCAUCUCAGGGUAUUGUGUGGUGUAAUGAACCAACACCAAGUUAUCCCAGGAGUAAAUUGGCUGUUUUUUCUUUGAGAGCAACCUACAGCUUGGUCCCUCUCAAUCACAAUGAACUCUGUCCAGUAGUGGCAGAGGAGGUGAUCAUCAAUGUGUGCCCAGUUUGUGUGGGCAGUUUCUUCACUUCCAGAGUCUUCUCCAUGGUCCUCCACCAAGAGAACCAUUUGGCCCAUGGUAUGGUUGUAUGAGGUGCAACUGUCAUCAUGAUGGUUGUGAUGGAACCUUGCACAGUGAUGAGUCAAAGCUGAGUUCUGGUCUAGGAGAAAGCGCACUGGUACCUAUACCCCUGUCCCCUUCCCUCUUCAUAUUCAUUAAGAUGGAAAGGCUGUUCUGGGUGUCACUGUGUGCACAGGCCACUGGGAGGGUUCUCAUGGAAGCAAGUAUGAUCAUGCUUCUUGGUUCCACCAGUGUCAAGCUCUGGUUACACAAGUUCCCUCAAUUGUAACUACCGUGUUGUUGAAGGUUCAAGCCAGGUUUUCCUCCUAAUGUUGAAUGCCAGGUUUAAACACAUGCUGCCAUGGAUAUAUUAAGGGCUGCAUGGUGCAGAUUCUCCCACAGGAAUGGUUACAACAUUCCCAUCAGCCUUUUAGUUGCAGCGACCUCUUUUUGCUAGCAAUAGUGGCUUCUCCAUGCUCCAUGGUUUCCAGACUUCCCACUCAGUGGGCCAGAUUUCCAGUGGCAUGGAAAGCAAUCCAUGGACACCCUCUCUACCACUUCAACAAGACUUCGCUUGUUGUGUUGCAGCCAGCAUUGGGUGACAUUAACUUUUUUGUUGUGCUGCUGUGCCAAUCACAAACCUGGCAAUCAGAAUCCUAAUAAUGCUUUAAUUAAUUAAUUAAUAAUCAGAGUCUUCAGUCAGAACAUCAGGAAAAAGAUAUUUGCUCAGUUCCAUUCAACAUGCUGUGUGCGCCAAAAUUCUUCCAAAGUUAUCCAGAUGCUUCGCUGAGUCCUGACACUCAGCACUGUACACAAACAAGCCACUUUUACAGUUCAAUAGUUUGCUCCUUUUCUUGUUUAAGUGGUGAGGAGUGGCCAUAUUUUAUUAUUAAUGAGCAUCCAGGGUCUGCUUAUGAAUAUUAAUGAACAGAACCCAAUUUGACAGAAAAGGUGCUAAAUUGGAGAGGCGGAAAUACCGAGGCAUUAACAGUAGAAGUGAAUGCAUACCAUUAACUUAAAUAUAGGUAUGUAGCACCUUUAGAAAGAAAUUGAAUAAUUUUUUAAAAAAAAGCAUGCAAAUCAUUCAGUUGCUUCAUGUAUUAUUUUAUUUCUGGACGGUUUUCUGUGCCCCUUUUUUACUUUCUUUUCUUUGUUUCUUACACGCUCUGCUUUGGUCCUGCUCGAUGUGGAUGCUGUUCAUAUUAUCUCAUCUCAUCUCAUUAUCUCUAGCCGCUUUAUCCUUCUACAGGGUCGCAGGCAAGCUGGAUCCUAUCCCAGCUGACUACGGGCGAAAGGCGGGGUUCACCCUGGACAAGUCGCCAGGUCAUCACAGGGCUGACACAUAGACACAGACAACCA